GGCAAAAAAACGAGCACUUGUUGGCAUGGAUGUCGGAUGAUAAACAAAACUUUAACGCUUGGUUUAGCCUUCACUUGGAGCAUUCUCUGGUAGUGGUAGCGAUAUAUUAUGCGUUUCCGAUUUAUGUUUUAAAAUGUUUUAAAACGUCAGCGUAACGAACGUCGGACAAUGAGAGCGCGACACUGCAUUUCGUUGUUCUGCUCGACAGUUAGCAUAUGCUAGCUAGCAGGCUCAGCUAACCGUGAGUGAGCUGCUGUUCUCUCAUUGUUUUUGCGAAAUAUGAUUAAAAAUGAAGAGAAAAGUGGCCACAUUAAGACUGAGUCCUAACGAAGAGGCUCGGCUUAUACGAGAGGAGCAGGAGAGGAGGAGAAAGCUGCGAAUACUGCAGGUGCGGGAGCAGCAGCGGAGCAUCUCACUGCAGAUCCGCAGGGAGGUGGAGCGGAGGCGGCAGCAGGAGCUGCAGAGCCUGGAGGAGCAGCUGAGGGAGGACUGGGAGCGACAGCACCAAGAGAAACUCCUCAAACUGCAGAGGCAGUACCAGGAGAAUCUGCAGCUGCUCGGACAGGGACACAGGAGCGCUAAAGAAAAUGAGCCUGACUGGGCUGCUAUAGGUCAGAGAAAGGAGGAGAAUAAUGCCAAAGCAGAGGAGCGUUACAGAGAAGCCCUGAAGGAGCUCAAAUCACAGAGGAAGAAAGACCAUGAAGAACAAAAACGUUCCAUCAAUGCCAGGAAAAAGGCACUGCAGGUAGAAAAGGAAAGAUCUGCAAAAAUAGCCAGCCUCCCGCUGCCUCCCCCAAGUACUAUUGAGAGCAUUGAGCACAAGAGAGCACAUAUAGUGACGAGAUCAGAUGUGAGCACUUUUUCUGCAACACACUACCACAUGCCUGAGGCUGCCGUGGACAGGGAGGUGGACUCUGCACAGCUGAAUGCGCAGGAGGCAGCAGAGCAGGAGGUCAGGAGGCUGCAGGAGCUGGGCAGGGAGGCAGAACAGGAGAGGGAGGAGCAGCUGGAGAAGGCUCGACUCAGAGGGAAACACGCUCUGAGGAGAGAGCUGCUCAUGCAGGACCGUGAGCGCCUCCUGGUGGAGCUGGAGCACAUGCAACAGACAGACCUGCUGAGGAGGCGACAGCAGGUUUCCCAGAUGCCAGCUCAGAUCUUCCAGCCGCUCUACAAGAGACAGCAGAUGAGGGAGGACUACCAGAGGGAGAUGGAGUUUGCCUUUGAGGACAUGUACACUGGAGAGAGGAGGUUUAAAGGUGACCUGAUGGUGCAGCUGGUCCCAGAGCCACUGCCAGCCCCGUCCACAGGCAGCCAAGACCAAGAGCUGGACGUCACCUUGGAUGACGCUGUCACACCAGGAACAGAAAACACACAGCAGGACACAGAGCAAGAAGCAGGAAGCACUGAGCAGGAAACAUCUGCACAAGCGGAGCCAUCCAGAGCUGCUCCCAGACGGGCGUUGAAGAAACUUCUGGAUCGCAUCAGGAGCCAGAGAGAGCAGCAGAGUGGCGUCAGCGGCCGCGUGCCUGUAGCCGAGCCCCCAAUAACCGUCACCAAUGAGAUCCCAGAGCGGGACAUAAGCAUCGACACAGGCUCUCUGAUCAGUGAGGAGAGAGAUGCACCGCAACCCACCAACCCUCCAGAGCCCUCCCACUCACCACCAGCGCUGGAGGCGACAGAGGAGAGUAUUGUGGCAGGCACUCUGCUUCUUCCUGAUGUGCUCGCCUACAGGAUCCAAGAGUUUGAGGAAGAGCGUAAGAAGAGGGAAGAGGAGCUUGAGAGGGAGAAGCAGCAGCAGAUGGCAUUACUCCAGGAACUGGAGGAGCAGAAGGACAGGCUGGAGCAAAUGCUGCUUGAGGCCCAGCAGGACAGAGAGACCUUGAAGGCUGCUGUGACACAGGAAUUGCCUGUCUGCAACCAGGGUGCCACCUCUGUCACCCCUGGUCUCGCCACUGAGCCAGAUCCUGAUGCAGGUGAAGAGGAUCAUACCAGAAGGAUCAGAGAAUACCAGCAGCGGCUUCUGGAACAGAACAGGCUGCAUAAGCGGUCCAUGGAAGUGGCCCACCAGCGUCUGGAGGAAUACCAACGAGCUCUUAGAAUUCGUUACAAUAUGACCACCUCGUCAUUUCCUCCCCCUGAUGUGCCUGCAGGCCUUGUUCGCCCACCUCCACAGUGUGCCGAGAGUGCCUCACCUCUAGUGCCUCCUCUGCAGCUCCCCACAGUGCCAGUGUCAGUGCCUUUGCAUGUUCCUGCUGCUCAGGCUAAACCGCAACCACCUGUGGAAACCCCUACAAGAGAAUCUGAGAGUGUGGCUCACCCUCUGCCCGUUCCCAGUUUGGGCAUUGAUUCCAGGUCGCUGCCAGUGCAACGUGAAUCCCCUUCAGACAGUUGUAGGGAGCAGAGACCAGGUGUCACUGCCUUCCUGACUGAUAACAUAAUGGAGAGAGUGACACACCACCUUCCUGACAGAAUGAAACCCUCCUCGCUGGCCCACAGACCUUUAACAACCCACUGCCCAGCCGCUAACGUCUCAUUCCAGCCAAGUUCUGAUCCCGUCCAGGCUAUCAGCCCUCCUCCGCUGCCAGCCCAGGCCUCAGUGAAGUCUGGGAUUUUAUCACGUGGCUCCUUGCAAUCAGAGUCGUCUGGGUCACUGGGCUCUAAAAAAGAGGACAUGGCGAGGCAGAGGAUGGAGCUGCUGGAGGCCCAAACGCGGCUGCAGGAGCAGAGGGAGGCGAUGGAACAGCAGCAGAGGCAGAAGGAGGAGGAGAGGGAGCAGAUGAGGAGGCAGAGGGAGGCUCUGCAGGCUCUUAUCAGCACGGACACACAAGUGAACGACAAGAUGCCUGCUUCAGAGGUUCCAGGCAAAGCUCUGGUGUCAGAAGACAUCGGUGAGACUCGCCUCAAACUGCUGGCGUCCCUAUUGAGAGCCAUAGAGGAGUCAAACGGAGGAACUUUAUCACACCUGGAAGAAAACCAGGAACCAGACAGCACUGCACACCAAGAGCCAUCCACUAGUGAUGACACCGCCCACCAGAGUGAUGCUGUUGUCACUCCCACCCCGUCAUGUCUCCUCCCCUCCGGCUUGCACCUGCCUCCUCGGGCUCCAAAGCCGCCAGUGACCCGGGUCAGGCUGGGCAUCAUGACUGAACAACAUGAACUGAGUGCCAUCCAGGAAGUGGAGACACCAGUCAACACCAGCGCGGUCACAGGCCCAGAGGACAGCGUGAAGAUACUGCCUCACCCUGCAGCCUGGGACUCGCAGGACAAAUCUGAGUCCUCAGUGGCCUCUGACAGGUUUCUGCACUCACUCUGUGUGUCCACUGGGGGUCACCAGUCUGCUGCUGGGAGGCUGACUGGCUCAGCAACAAGUUUGGCAAGAUCCAAUGCAUUCCCCUGGAAGGAGAGGCUGCUGACGGGGGCAGGAAGGUCCCCAGAGUCCACAGAGUAUGACCGAAUUUCUCAAAAUCUCUCACCACCAUCCCCUGACUCUGGGACAGGAGCCGACCUCCUCGAUCCUGUUGUCACCAGCCUCAGGUCCCCCACGGAGUGUGCUCACAGGCCAUCUGAUGUUGACUGUCUCUCUUCCACCAUCUCCACUGGCAGCUACAUCACCACUGAUCCUGAACAAAACUCCUCCCACACAGUAGACUCUCCACCCCGCUCCAGACUUUGUGUGGAACAAGAACCAGGAGGAGGAGCAGCUUCAUUAGACGUCUCCUCUCCAUCCAGUCAGAGCUCUGGUGAUAAGGAUGGGUCAGCUGCAGGCCCUCCUAGUCCGGCUGUCGACUCCCUGUUUCAUGACAGCAGCAUCCAGCGCAUCAUAGAUAAAUACACCAGGGAGCUCAACAUCUCCCUCAACACAGCUGGGAACACCACAGCAUCCUCUGCAGACAGAGACGGCUCUUGUGUGGAGGAGCCAAGCUCCUUGGUGUCCCAGCAGUCGUGGGCUGGAGUCGCACAGAAGAGUGGUGAGGAGGAGCAGAGGCCUGCAGACUCCCAGCUUCUCCCCUCAGACUCAGCAGGACCACAGAGAUUCAGCCUGCAGGUAUGGGACAACACAGUAAACCAAAUAUUGGAGCGCUUCUCAGACCAGGUCUCCUCAUUGGUUCAGGACCAGGGUCAGGACUCUUUCAGGCCUCUGAUUGGCCAGCUGGCAGAUCAGUCGUCCUGCCUUGCUGCAGACCAGGGGGCCUCGGCCGUGGAGCAUCUGAUUGGUCAACCGUCUGCUCAUUCAUCAAUGAUUGGUCAGCCUCCAGGUCAAUCAGUUUCAGUGAGCACCAGUCAAGGCGCAUGGGAUUCCACUCUGAGUCGUAUGAUUGGCCGACUCUCACUUCCGUUGCCCUCUCAUUGGCUGAGUGGCGGGCAGGACUUCUAUGCCAGCCAGCUGAUUGGUCAGAUGGACUUGGAGCAGUCGUCUGCGUGGUUGGAUGGGGGGCAGGAGGAGAGCCAGAUGAGACUGCUGGCUGGGGAGCUUGAUGAGUCUGCUGGACAGAGGAGCGGCAGCUCAGGUGAAAGAACCAAUCUGGAUCUUGUUAGCUCUGUCCAGACCAAUGUGCCUUCAGACCAAGUGUCUGCUGCUCAGGCUCAGUCACACAGCUUCCCCUUGUCUGAGCUGAACCCACAAAGCACCGCCAGUUCUGCAGAACAGAGUCCAGAGAGAAGUGAAGUGUUUCCAGCCUCAGAUUCUUUCCACCCUCUCCUUGCCGAGGUCACCCACAACGAAACCGCAGACCCCUCCAUGACCUUCCACCUGCCUGGACAGGAAGUGCCUUACUCUCCUGCGGGAGCCGGCCGGACACACAGCAGUGAGAUCAAUCUCUCAGGUCACUAUGAACAAUCAUCUGAAGUAGAGUUUGAACCUCCUGCUAGCCCCUCGGUGGAGUCAGAGCUGUCACCGGAGAACUUCAGAGCCGAGGAGCCACCCCGUCACCUCGCUGCUCCCGCUGCCUUACAGGAAUCCUUCUGCCAUCUUGCCAUCUCUCACUGCGACCCUCACCCUUCUGUCCUCCUCACGAUGUCUCCUGCUGCCCAGGAGGCGGAACUCGCAACUCUCAGCCUAUCAGGUUUAACUCUGUGUGAUGCUCGGCCUACCCUUGACCUGCUGCCACCAGAGGGAGGGGACAUGGAGGGCAAGAACAUUUUGGACGGACCUGGCAGCUUCAUCCCCGUCAGUGACCCAAAUGAUCCACAGGGUUCAAACCUGAGGAAAACUCCUCCUGCCUGGGAUAAAAUAAUGGAUGCUGCCACUGGGAAGGGGAUCCUGGAAGAGUCUGAGAUAACACUGCUGAGCCUGACAGACACCACACUGCAGGACCAGGAGGCAACCAUCAUCGAGGAGGAAAAGGAGAAGGAGAGGAGGCAAGAUGAAGGUCAAGAUGAGAUGAGGGAGGAGGACCAGAAGGGUGGAAAGGCAGAGGUGACUGUCCAUGAGGAGUCAGGGGUCAAAUGGUUACCAGAGGAGACUUUAAAAGAGGAGCUCUCCCAUUCACAUACAGCAACAUUGCUGGAGUUUGAGUGGAGUCCCAGCGGUGUGCCGGCAGAGACCAUCCAGCAGAAGCGCAGGGCUCUGCUCCAGAGAUCUUCACACAGGGUCCAAGAAAUCAAGGCCAAAAGGGCUCAAGCCAAGAGUCAAGCUGAGGUCCGGGGCCCAUCUGAGGCCCAAGAGCGCACUAAACCCAGGGAAGCUCGUCCUGCCAGCUGUGAAGCAAAGACCAAGUCAGAACCUCCUAAUACUAAAACCAAACAGAAGAGAAAGCAGACUGCAGUCCAAACCACUGAGACGGCACACUCCAUCACUGCAGGAAGCUCUAAACUUCUCCCUCCAGUGAGCGACAGGCUGAAGAAAGUGGGCGAGUUAAAGAACUGUACACCCGAGCAGAGGAAACGAGAUGUUUCAGAGAUGCACCAGAGGACCCAGAGGUUGUAUGAGCAGCUGGAGGAGGUGAAGCAGCAGAAGGAGAUGAGGAGCAGGCAGGAGGCCUAUGCCCAAAACAGAGUGAAGGCCAAGGAGUUCCACAGGAAAACCUUGCAGAAGCUUCGAGCCAAGCAGACACCUCAGUGAUCAACAUGCAUCCACUGUCUUGUUUAUAUAUUUUAGUUUUUACCAGUUGUGUAAAUUUUAGUUAAUUUGUAAUAAAGCAUAUUUAAGUCAAUUGAAGUUGA